AUGGUUGAUGAUGCCGAUGCCAUAAAAUGUAUGUUAUUGAAUUUGGCUAAUGAGGAUGGUCAGUGUAAAGAGGAUGAGUUGAAAUCAGAGAAAGAGGAAGAGGAAGAGAAAGAGAAAGAGAAGGAAAAUAUAUCAUCCCUAUCAAUUGUCACUUUUGGAAAUACUGAGAAACCAAACCUAAUAUCUCUAUUCCUUUAUGGAUUGGAAGACAAUGAACAAAACUACACUAUUCCGAGUCCUUACUGUCCAGAAAGAACAAAGUGGAAUUGUGAAUUCAUUUAUAUCCAUGACCAUGCUUAUAUUCCUCUUCCCCUCUCCUCCUACAUUAACCAAUCCCAAGCCAAUGAGUAUAUAGCAAGCAAUAUUAACGCUGCAUUUCUUCAAUCUUCUUGUUGGAUAACGGAUAGUUGGUCUUCGCCUUACAACCAGUACCAAAAUCCGAUCAGAGGUAUAAGAAACAUGGAUCUGUUGCGCUUAAAACAUAAUUUGUGGAAUAGAGAGUCUGUAGCCGACUUGCAUUUUAGACAUUUAGUUAUUCUAGUCAUUUUUGUACUACGUGGAGGAGAGGUUGGAAAAGAUGUUUUGUGUCGAUUGCAAACACAUGGUGGGUUGAGCUUUGGUAGCUCUAGGUUUGUAUUCCUUGGAAGGGAAGGAAAAACAAAGCCGAGCAAAUCAAAUUGGUCAGAUAAGGAUUUCUAG